CGACAAUCGAGAUGUUGCCGGCAGCAAGCUCGUCAAAAAGUUUUGGUGGAGACUCACGGGCACUGGGCACUAGGCCCAAACGAGAUAGGGCAGUGCGGUCAUUCGCAAGACUCUCAGGGCCUCUCCCGGGCAGUCGACCCGCUUCUGAGCGCAGUUUAGACCAUCCCGACCAAGCUGCCCUCCACAUUCACUACAGACUCCCUCAUGAGAGUCGCUGUCCCGCGUUUGCUUCCCGACGUAUACAAACAUCCCAGACCUGCCACCCAGUCGCUCCUGCCACAGACAUCUCCACACGCACCCUCGACGCCCGCGUCCUUGACCCCAGCAGCACCGUUUUUGACCACUCACCGGAUCCAGCGCCCUCCACCUCCCACAACGCCCAUAGAGCAUCGCAGGCGCCUACAGUAUUCUUUGCAACUCGUUUUCGGGACAUUGGUCACGAGUUGAGGCAGUCUUCGGCGUGGGCGCACUAUGAGCGCGCCCGAACAGACCAGACGGAGCACCUCGAGAACAGCUCCCGGCACCGCUGAGGAAGUCGCGCAGACUCAAAGUGCAAUUCCAACGCCCACGAUAGAAUUACCUGACCCCGCCUCUGCAACCUCUCCUCCCGACCACCCUGCGCCAGCCCAGGUGCCAACAGCAGCUGCCGAAGAUCCUACUGCAGUCGCUGCCGCGAUGCUGUCUACCAUGGCAGCUCCGACUACAGUGCUCACAGAAUCGCUGCCCACCGAACAAGCCCCUAAUGGCUUCGACGACAUCGCCGACAACGGCUCUAGCAGCUUGAGCGAGCUCGGAGACGCAUCAGACGACCAGUCAGAACCCACACAACGGCCGAGCGCAGUAGCAGACAUGGACGAAGAUGAUUCAGAGGCUGAGACUGAGCGACUGCACAACACGCCUCGAAAGCUCGCGCGCACUGCUACAGAGACGUCAUUACUCUCCGAGCCCAUCUACACAAGAACUCCAAGCAAGCUCGCGCAUUCCAAAACCAUCGAGCACGAUGAUUCUGCUCCACCCACACCCACUGCCAUUACAGACGACGCAACCAUGGGCGAAGCACCCACAACCGAGAACCCUCUGCAUUCUCUCUCGCUCAUCGCAGCAUCCGAGGCGGCGAAUCUCGAGCAUGUCGGCAUGAAAAGGAAGCGUGCCAGUGCUGAGAGAAGUCCUGUGGAUGAGCGUGAAGAGGAGCCAUCACGGAAGCGAAGCAUAAACGCGAAGGGCUCGGCGCUUGAUGGUCUGGCUGAUGCUGCAGCGGACCGACAGGGCCAGAUGGACGCAGACGAAGAGCUCGAGAACGCUGAAGAGAACCUAUCGGCCCUCGCACGAGAAGAACUAGAACUCGAAGAGCGACAAGCCAAUAUCGCAGCACAGACUGUCAGUGAGAUGGCCACCGUCGCGAAACACACUAAACCAAGGAAAGGCGGCAGGAGGGGGAAAAGAAAGAUGGAGGAUCCUAGCUAUGCCUACGCCGAGACGUUCGCAGCUGCUGAAGCACACGAGGCUGAAGCUGAGGGCGAGCAUGACGACGAGGAUAGCGCGGUGCUUGACGAGGAGGUGACCAAGAAAAAGCAGGCUAUCGAUGAACUUGCAAAGAUCGAGAAGAAGUUCAAGCUUUUCCGAGAGAAGUUAUGCGACGAGCAGAUAGCGCAACUCGAGAGGGAGCUAGAAAUGCUCAAGCAGCCGAAUUGCGUUCACCCCGAGUAUGUUGCCAUGAUCAAGUGCAUAGACGAUCGACGCGCCGACAAGAUCGCGUACGAGACGAGGCUCCUGGAAUACAAGCAGAAGAAUCUUGAGAUAAUCACAGCAGCAGAGCGGCACCAAAUGCACAGUCAAUACUUCCAGACUGUGCGACAUAUUCGCGAGGAGAUUCUCGAGGAGUGCAACCAGCGAGUAUUCGAAUUGCAACGCGGACGACGCCAGCUUGGUUGCGACGAGACUGAAUACAUGGUACGACUACCUGAGAAGCGGUCUGACCAGAUCAGGCACCAAACAGCGUACAAUUUGGAGGUCUCUGUCCUGUCGGGUGUCGCCAAGUACGUAGGGUUCCCAGCAGCACCAGACAUCAGUGCUGCGCGGCCAACAGAGAUUGACGAAGAUCUUCGAGCAAUGAAGAUUGCAACGCGUGCUCCAGCACCGCCUCCCUCGUUUCGUACCUAUAAUAGAACGACAACAGCAGACGAGGCAGCUGCAGAAGAGCAAUUCUUAGAAAGUACGCCAUGGGCCAAUCCACGACAUCCUUCACACCAAGAAAGUCGGUACCCUCCAGGACCGUCCCGCGUACCCAGCUACCAAACACCAGCCGGUCAGCGUCGCAUGGUCGAUCUCUCAGCUCCCAAUGGCUCUGCCUCCACCAUCGAAGCGAACUCGAACCCCCCUUCCUCGAACGCUCACAACGCAAACGGUCUACUAGGGGAAGCAGAAUCACCAGUCCUACACAUGAAGCGCGCACCGAUCGAUCAUGCAGCCUAUGCAGAGACACCUGGCUCCGACCCUCGCAACAAUAUGGGUGUUCUGAGUAGAGAAACAUAUGGUAUGAUGUCAAGUCCUGCGGCGCAGCACAUGGAUAUACCGCAAGGACAAGGUGGACAACGUUGGGGUAGCAGCAUGCGGCCCAUCAAUGCAGAGCCCAACGUUGCGCCAGGUCUACCAGGUGCUGGCCAACCAGAUGCAGCGCGCGCAUCAUUGACACAACGCAGUGGCCUCGGUACUGUCAGUGUUGGCAACGGCUUGUUUGGACGGUAAUCCGUUCAAGGCACGCUGACUAUUGUUCUCGAUAUUUGUUUUAUUAUCUAUUAUGUCUUCAUUCCAGUACCAUUGGGCGGCGUUUGUUGCGUUAGACUUGGUUUUGCAUCCACAGCGGGCUGGCAAGGUAACAUGAGCAUGAUAUGACGGGAGGUAUAAUGCCUUGGCGUUGCCGCGGGAAGUCAUCUCCGCUUUCAUGUUUACCUCCCAUGGAGAUUAUGCAUUCUGUUUGGUUUAAGUUCAGGUUCAGGCUCGGGUUCAGGUUCACACUUUCGACCCUUUGAGAGCGGACUGAGGACUUAGGGAUUAGGGAAUGAUGGAGAUGAUACCUUUUGAUAUCUGCGAUGAGCGAAUCAAUGACAUUCCGAU